GCAUUUGAAAAGCUUAGUUCUUCAGAGUAACUGCAGCCAUUAACCUUGAGGGGUGAAGAGGAGCUGCGAGACUGCUUGUUUGAGGGAGGCUGGAAGAACCACGCACCAGAAAGAUAAGAAAACCAAGGGGGUGGAUACCGCCGCAGGGGACUGCACUGUCAGUUCAUUGCUUCCAUUAUUAUCGUGGUUUUCUGGGGAACAGACGCUGGUCGAGCGAGCGGCACUGAGGGCGAUGCCAACCCGGGGCGGCUACACCUGGCCCCGCGCAUCGGCUUUGAAGUCUCGCUGUUGCCUGCUGAAUUCUGACAGGAUUAAAGGAAAAACCCUUCCCUUCACGUGUCGAAGCGGCUUUCGUGUCACGCCUGGGCCAUGGUGGGCGAGGAGCUGAAGGCUGAGCGGCCCCACAGCGUGUGCGCUGCGGGGUGCCGGUGUGCCUGCCAGCCGGGCCUGGGGCUGAGCGCUUCACCCGUGCCCUGCCACCGGCGCCGGGGCGGGGAGGAGGCCGGGCUGCCAGCUCUGCCGCCCGGAAGGACGGUGUCUGCCUGUCCCGUGACCGGGGUCCAGCCGGAGGCACCGCAUCGUGCCGCUGCCCGCCUCAGCCGGGAGCCGGCGUGGGGAGCCGCCAUGGCUGCGGAGGCUCCCGCCACCCUGCCGGUUCAGCUGGUGGAGCAGCCCAGAUUGCAGAAGCUGAAGGAGAUGUUUAUAUCAAAAUUUGGAUCAGCUCCCAAGUUUUAUGUUCGUGCGCCAGGGCGAGUCAACUUAAUAGGAGAACAUAUAGACUACUGUGGUUAUGCUGUGCUCCCUAUGGCUAUAGAACAAGAUAUACUGAUUGCAGUAGAGCCUGUAAAAACUCAAGUUGUGCACCUGGCAAAUACCAAUUCUCUUUAUUUGGAUUUCAGUACUAGUGUUAAUAACAUUCAGAUUAACAAAACCAAACCUCAGUGGCAUAACUACUUCCUGUGUGGACUGAAGGGUAUUCAGGAACAUUUUGGUCUUAAUAACCCAACUGGAAUGAAUUGUCUGCUAGAUGGAACCAUCCCUCCAAGUUCUGGUCUCUCUAGCUCCAGUGCUUUGGUGUGCUGUGCAGGACUCGUGACACUAAGAGCUAAUGGAAAAACCCUCUCUAAGGUGGAACUUGCAGAAAUUUGCACAAAGAGUGAACGUUAUAUUGGCACAGAAGGUGGAGGAAUGGACCAGUCAAUCUCUUUCCUGGCAGAAGAAGGAACUGCCAAGUUGAUAAAGUUCAGUCCUCUGAGGGCAACUGAUGUUAGACUUCCAAGUGGAGCAGCGUUUGUUAUUGCUAACAGUUGUGUUGAAAUGAACAAAGCAGCAACUUCUCAUUACAAUAUUAGGGUAAUGGAGUGUCGUCUGGCUACAAAGCUUCUUUCAAAGUCUAAAGGCUUGGACUGGGAAAAAACGUUGAGACUCCACGACGUGCAAACCAGGCUAGGAGUUAGCCUGGAGGAAAUGCUGACCAUUGUCGAGGAGGUAUUACAUCCUGAGCCUUACAGCACAGAGGAAAUUUGUAAAUGCCUGGGAAUUAGCCUGGAGGAGCUCCGCUCUCAGAUCCUGAGUCAAAACACGCAAGACGUUUCCCCCUUUAAGUUGUACCAGCGUGCAAAGCAUGUGUACAGCGAGGCUGCGAGAGUGCUGGAAUUCAAGAAGAUAUGCAGCGAAGCACCUGCCAAUGCGCUCCAGCUGCUGGGAGAAUUAAUGAAUCAGAGCUAUAUCAGCUGCAGGGAGAUGUAUGAGUGCAGCUGUCCUGAACUGGAUCGCCUGGUAGACAUCUGCCUGCAAUCUGGGGCCAUUGGGUCACGUCUGACUGGAGCUGGAUGGGGUGGCUGCACUGUGUCAAUGGUGCCUACUGACAAGCUGAACGCUUUCCUAAAAGAUGUAAAAAAAGCUUAUUACCAAAGUGAUGUCCAAAGGUUAGCACUGGAGAACAGUCUGUUUGCCACCAAACCUGGAAGAGGAGCUUUGGUUUUUGUUGAGGCCUGAAGAACGUAGAAACUCUGAAAGCAUGUAGGGCAUUUGGAACUGGCAGUACUUCCCAUGCCACAGCAAAUGAAUGCUUUUGCUAGUUUUUAUUGUAACGAGCAGUUUCUAUUAUCAAAGUAUAUUCCUAAAGAAGCUAUUAAACAAACACUCUUUGAUUAUGAA